AUGAAUAAUAAUAGUAAUAAUAAUAAUGAUUGUAAUGAUAAAUUAUUUUUUUCAAUAUGGAGAAAUAAGUUUUUAUUAUGUGAAAUACAAAGACAUCACGGGCUAUAUAAAAUUAAAAAGAUAAUACUUGUUAAUAAAUCAAUGGAUCAACUUUGA